GCCCGCAGGAUUGGCGGGCGCCGCACUCGGAGCGUUACGGCGGGCGGCGCCGGCCGUGCCCGCAGCCGCGGAGCUCUCCGUGGUGCUGAUCGCCGCCGCCGCCGGCCAUGGGCUCGCCGCCGCCGCCCGCCCUCCUCCUCCUGCCGCUGCUCGCCGCGCUGCUCCGCGCACCGGCGCACGGCUUCAACGGGCUGGAAGCGAAGGCGGGGGCGAGCGCCGAGGCGGAGGGGGAGCCCACGGCGCUGCCCACGGCGGCCGAGCGGGAGGCCGAGGCGCGCUUCGUGACCACGGCGCCCACCCUCAAGCUGCUCAACCACCACCCGCUGCUCGAGGACCUGCUGCACGAGGCUUUCCUCAAGAAGGACGACCUGGCGCAGGCGCCCGCCCGGCCCCCCGCCCGCACCCCCGUCCCCCCCUUCGCCGCCGACCCGCUGACCACGGCCGCCGGGCGCCGGGGGCCCUGGGCCGAGCCGCGGGCGGCCACCGACCCCACGGAGCCGGCCGCCGGCCCGACGCCCACCGUGCCGGGGACGUCCCCGGGGCCGCCCGCCGCCCCAUCACCCUGGGGGGCCACCGAGGAGACCACCACCACCGCCCCCACGCAGGGCCCGGGUGAGCAGCGGGGUGCAACCGGCCCCCCGCCCGCCCCGGCCCCGUGCAACCAGAGCCUGGCGGGCCCCGAGGGCUCGCUGGCCUCCCCGGAGCCCGCCGACCUCCCUCACGCCGGCGGCCUCGACUGCACCUACACCAUCUCUGUGUACCCCGGCUACGGCGUGGAGCUCCAGGUGCAGAACAUCAGCCUGGCGGAGGGGGAGACGCUGACGGUGGAGAGCGCGGGGGGCCUGGAGCCCGCGGUGCUCGCCAACGAGUCCUUCCUGCAGCGGGGCCAGGUGAUCCGCAGCCCCGCCAACCUGGUCACCCUGCGCUUCCAGAGCCCCCAGCCCGCCCGCCCCGGCUCCUACCGCUUCCGCUUCCAAGCCUACCUGCUGAGCUGCCCCUUCCCCGCGCGGCCCGCCGCCGGCGACGUCUCCGUCACCAGCCUGCAUCCCGGCGGGGACGCCCGCUUCCGCUGCGCCGCCGGCUACCAGCUGCAGGGCGCCCGCGUGCUGGCCUGCCGCAACGCCACCCGGCCCUUCUGGAGCGCCCGCGAGCCCCGCUGCGUGGCGGCCUGCGGCGGGGCGAUCCGCAACGCCACGGUGGGGCGCGUCGUCUCCCCCGGCUUCCCCGGCAACUACAGCAACAACCUGACGUGCCACUGGCUGCUGGAGGCGCCCGCCGGGCACCGCCUGCACCUCCACUUCGAGAAGGUCUCGCUGGCCGAGGACGAUGACAGGCUCAUCAUCCGCAACGGGAACAACGUGGAGGCACCGCCGGUGUACGACUCCUACGAGGUGGAGUACCUGCCCAUCGAGGGGCUGCUCAGCACCGGGCGCCACUUCUUCGUGGAGCUCACCACCGACAGCAGCGGGGCCUCCACGGGCAUGGCGCUGCGCUACGAGGCCUUCGAGCACGGCCACUGCUACGAGCCCUUCGUCAAGUACGGGAACUUCACGGCCAGCGACGCCCGCUACCCCGUGGGCACCACGGUGGAGUUCAGCUGCGACCCCGGCUACACGCUGGAGCAGGGCUCCACCAUCAUCGAGUGCGUCGACCCCGGCGACCCGCAGUGGAACGAGACGGAGCCGGCGUGCCGCGCCGUGUGCAGCGGGGAGAUCACGGACGCGGCCGGCGUGGUGCUGUCGCCCAACUGGCCGGAGGCGUACGGCAAGGGCCAGGACUGCAUCUGGGGGCUGCACGUGGAGGAGGACAAGCGCGUCAUGCUGGACGUGCGGGUGCUGCGCGUGGGCAGGGGCGACGUGCUCACCUUCUACGACGGGGACGACCUGACGGCGCGCAUCCUGGGCCAGUACACGGGCGCCCGCGGCCGCUUCAAGCUCUACGCCUCCACGGCCGACGUCACCAUCCAGUUCCAGUCGGACCCCGGCGCCGGCGUCUUCGGCUACCAGCAGGGCUUCGUCAUCCACUUCUACGAGGUGCCCCGCAACGACACGUGCCCCGAGCUGCCCGAGAUCCCCAACGGCUGGAAGACCACCUCGCACCCCGAGCUGGUGCACGGCACCGUGGUCACCUACCACUGCUACCCCGGCUUCGAGCUCGCCGGCACCGACGUCCUCAUGUGCCACUGGGACCUGACGUGGAGCGGCGACCUGCCGGCGUGCGAGCGCGUGACGUCCUGCGGGGACCCCGGGGACGCCGAGCACGGCCGCCGCGUGGUCUCCAGCGCCAAGUUCCCGGUGGGGGCCACGGUGCAGUUCGUCUGCAACAAGGGCUACGUGCUGACGGGCGCCGGGCUGCUCACGUGCCACGACCGCCCCGCCGCCGGCCCCAAGUGGAGCGACCGCGUGCCCAAGUGCAUCCCCGAGGCCUACGAGCCCUGCCGCAACCCCGGCGCGCCGGCGCACGGCCUGCAGAGCCCCGAGCGACGGCUGUACCCGGCGGGCGCCGCGCUGCGCUUCUCCUGCGCCGCCGGCCACGUGCUGCUGGGCGAGGGCAGCCUGCGCUGCCUGCCGGGGCACCCGUCGCGCUGGAGCGCCUCGCCGCCCGUCUGCAAAGCGGCCUCCUACGAUGAGUUUUACAGCAACCGCAACCUGGACGCCGCGGCCAAGGCGGUGCCGGCGGGGGAGCCGCUGCGGGGCCCCAACGUCGCCGUCGCCGUGGCGCUGCCCGUGCUGCUGCUGGCCCUGCUCGGCGGCGGCGUCUGCCUCUGCUUCUCCAGGCUCCAGGGGAAGCCGGCGCUGCAGCUGCCCCUCGCCGCCUCGCCCCCCUACGACCACAUCGCGGUGGAGGCGGCGUUUGACAACCCGGGCUACGAGACGGGAUCUGCUUCCUCUGCAGGACACGCGGGAGUAUGAGGUGUCCAUCUAGGCGGAGCGGAGCCGCCGGCCCCCCCGCAGCCCCCCCGCGCCGAGGCUCCCGCCGGGGGCUGCCGCCCGCUGUCCCCGACGGGGCCCCCGCUGCGCCGGGCCGGCCGCGGGCGGGGGGCGCGGAGCCUCCGGGAGCCCGGAGGUAAGGACACGGCUCCCCGGGGCCGGGGGGGGCUCCUCGCCCCGACGUGGCGGGGUGCCCCCCCCCCCGUGCCCCCGCCCCGCGGCAGGACUCGGGCCCCGGCGCCGGGCGGGGGGGGGGGGCCGGGCACGGCCACCUCUGUGUCCCCCCCCCCGCCCCGCCGCCUCGUCCGGGCUGCGGCUUGGGACAUGUGCGGUGUAAAAUAGGGUCCCGGCCUCAGCCGCGCCCCCCCUUUUGGAGAGCGACCCCCUCCUCGCCCCCAUCUUUUGGUUGUUUCAUUAAUAAAAAAUGGUGUUUUAGAAGAAAA